AUGUGAAACAAUUGAGUAAUUAAAACAUGGGGCAGGACAUGAUACGACUGUGGAUGACUUCCAUCGGUAUCAGCCGUUCUUCAAUGCUGUGAGGAGUGGGGAUUGGAAUAAAGCAAAGGAGUUUCUUACCCUACAUCCCAAUGCAAUAAGAGCAAGAAUUCCAAACACAAAAAAGACAGCUCUUUACAUGGCAAUAGAAUUACAGCACGAGCAUAUCGUGGAAGGGUUGGUGGAGUUGAUGGCAGAGGAAGACUUGGAAAUAAAAGCUCUUGGUUGGACUGCUCUUGCUGUUGCUGCAAAUAGAGGAAAUCUCAAAAUGGUUGAAUGCAUGGUUAAAAAAAGCAAGAACAUACUUAGUAUUGCGAUUGAGGAGGGCAAUAUGACUCCAAUUCUCUUGGCUUGUCUCAAUGAACAUUGGGAAAUCGUUCAUUAUCUCUACUCUGUUACUCCACUCGACGAUCUAAUGCCAGAGAAAGGCCCGUACGGCGCUGGACUUGUUUGCCAUUCCAUGUUUGUGAAAAAAUUUGAUAUUGCACAGGAAUUAAUUCAGAGUUGCCCACAAUUGGUCCGUACUAAAGACCCCCAUGGGGUAUCCCCCAUACAUGCAUUUGCAUUGAUGGCUACUGCAUUCCCAAGUGGAACACGACUCAAAUUCUGGCAACAAUGGAUCUAUAAUUGUAUACACAUAGAAACUACUCGUGCCAUCGGUGAUGUUCAUCUAAGUGUUCAUAAUGAAGCAAAUGAAGAAGGUAAUCGAAGGGAUAGCACUUGGUCAGUGCUACGUAUAUUGCAAGGUCUGGUCACGAAUCUCCUUGAACUAUUGGGAAUCAACUGCAUACGUGAAAUAAAAUUGAUCCAUUCUCAAUCCCUUGGACUUCUAGAUCACAUGUGUGAAGUGAUAAAACAUUCAGAUGGUAUAGACAUGGAAGAUUUAUGUGGUGGAGCCAUUUUCCAAGCUGUCGAGCUAGGGGUUUUCGAGUUUAUUGAUCGUAUAUUCCAAACAAGUCCAGAUCUCGUGUGGAGCAAUAAUCAAAAUAAAAGAAACCCCUUGCAGUUUGCCAUUGAAUGUCGUCAAGAAAGGAUUUAUAGCCUGAUUUAUAGACUCGAUAAAACAGAAAGAAAUGUGAUUGGAAAUCUUGCAGAUACCUCUAACAAUAACAUGCUACAUAUGGCAGCGAUGUUAUCGCCAUUGGCAAAGCUCGAUAAUAUCUCAGGUGCAGCGUUGCAAAUGCAGAGAGAAUUGCAAUGGUUCAAGGAGGUGGAGACUAUUGUACUUCCGAGGAUGAGAGACAUUUUAAAUAAUGAGAAUUUGACACCCCGUGCUCUGUUUACCAAGAAUCACAAGGAAUUGGUGAAGGAAGGAGAAAGAUGGAUGAAAGAAACUGCAACUUCUUGUACGGUUGUAGGUGCUCUCAUUAUUACCAUCAUGUUUGCUUCAGCAUUCACAGUCCCUGGUGGAAACAAUGGAGAAACAGGCAUUCCCAUAUUCUUGGAAAAAAAGUUAUUUAUGGUUUUUAUAAUUUCAGAUGCUAUAUCGUUAUUUUCUUCCACAACUUCAGUGUUGAUGUUUCUGGGAAUCCUUACGUCACGUUAUGCAGAAAAUGAUUUCCUCAAAUCCCUGCCAACAAAGAUGAUAAUAGGCCUUUCCACCUUAUUCUUUUCUAUCGCAGCCAUGAUGGUUGCCUUUUCUUCUGGCCUUUUCAUUAUGAUUCAUGAACAAUCAUGGAUUGUUAUUCCAAUUAUUUUUCUUGCUAGUGUUCCAGUCACCUUAUUUAUUUGGAUGCAAUUUCCUCUUCUUAUUGAGAUUUUCAUUUCUACUUAUGGAAGAGGAAUAUUUGAUAGGAACGUCAAACCGUAGACAUAAAUUCUUGAUGGUAUGUAUACGUGAUAUUGUAUAACUUUCGUAUAAUAUUGACACUUCUUUGAAUCUUGUAUGUGUUUGUGGCAUCCUAUAAUAAAAAUUUGAAGUUCAGUAUC